UAUUCUAAAACUUUUAUUGUGUGCUUCGCCCCUUUGUAAUAAUGUUAAAUUUUUUGGGUUUGAAUCUCCGGAAUGAAAAUCUUUUAGUAGUGAGCAUUUUACUCCUUAAAACACCUUUGUAAUAAUAUUAAAUAUUUUUGGUUUAGCUUGAGAAUAAACAUCUUUUGUAGCGAACAUUUUACUCCUUAAAUCUAUGCCUACCUGGUGCGUGGACUAUAAUUAGUGCGACCAAUUUUAUAAGUAAUCAAACGUUGUUGCGUUGCCUUUAUUUUGAAGAAAAAGGUCGAGCAUAGAGCAAAUCAAAUUGUGAUCCCCCAGCCCCAAGGUAAUUCAAGAUUCAAAAUGAAGCUGAAGAUAGUUUGGAGGAAAGUAUCUGAUUAUGUUCGAUAUGAUCUGAAGGAGAUUGCUUUUCCUUCAUCUUUACCGGACCCUCCCCACAUCAAAAAACGUAGGAAACUAACUUUGAAGGAGCGCUAUCUUGUGCUGAAGGAAGCGUCUAGGCUUUAUGCUGCAAGCUGGGUGAGGGACAUUGGUCCUGAACUUCGGCCCAAUGAUCACAAAAAGAAGAGUGAGAUUGAAGACGAGUCGGAUGAAGAAAAUGGUAGCAGAAAGGAGAAGGAACCCUCAACAAUAGAGGAUCUAGCUGUGGCUGCACGAGGUGGAAUGGAGACACUACGACCAGCAUUGCAACGAGUUUACAUGACAAGAGCUUCUGCAUAUAAAGAUGCACUUAAAAGUUUCAUACAAGGAUAUCAAGAAGGUAUUCAACAAACCAUGGAGAAAAAUAAAGACUCGAAGUCUUCCAAAGACACUGAUGCAUCCAAUUCCAUAGGACCAACUUGAGUUCUAAUGGACAAUUCGUGAGUUAUCUUUUGCAAUACCGCUGCAAGAACUUGUAUUAUGUCUUCCCUUGUUUGCGACAAUCAUGUUAAUAAGUAUCACCAAUUCUCUUUUUGUACAUAACUAUAAUGGUUUCAAUAGAAGGGAUGAUAUUAAAUGAUAA